GAGCUCUCCAACAUCCAUUUCCCCUUUCCACCGAUUUGAUACCCUUUGGAUGACCUAGACCCCUUCCAAAGCUUCUGCAGUUAUAGUUAAUCGGCUUUUCUAUAUCAUACAAGAACGCUGCGGCGUCCAAGUUCCAAAAUGGCGAUGCAACUUGAUAUGUCAGAUGCACGGAUGAUGCAGGAUGAGUCGGGACGGCAAUUUAUAAUCGUUCGAGACCAAGGGAAAAAGAAGCGACAACACGGCAUUGAAGCCGUCAAAUCACAUAUCAUGGCUGCGCGGACAGUUGCAAACAUCGUCAAGAGCUCUUUGGGUCCUCGAGGGCUUGACAAGAUCCUUAUUUCUCCUGAUGGCGAUAUCACGGUUACGAAUGACGGAGCGACGAUUCUCUCACAAAUGGAAAUCUCCAACCACGUAGCUAAGCUAUUAGUCGAACUCUCCAAAUCCCAAGACGAAGAGAUUGGCGACGGUACCACUGGUGUCGUGGUCCUAGCUGGUGCUUUACUGGAACAAGCGGCGGAUCUCAUCGACAAGGGCAUCCAUCCCAUCAGAAUCGCCGACGGAUUUGACGAGGCAUGUGAGGUUGCCGUUGCCGAGCUAGACAAGAUCAGCGACACCGUGGAGUUUUCGAAAGAUGAAACCGCAAAUUUGAUGAAGGUGGCCAAGACAAGCCUGGGCAGCAAAAUCGUCUCAAAAGCCCACGAUCAGUUCGCGAGGAUCGCUGUGGAUGCCGUUCUGUCCGUAGCGGAUCUGGAGAGAAAGGAUGUUGAUUUUGAGCUCAUCAAGGUCGAUGGCAAGGUUGGUGGGGCGCUUGAAGAUUCGCUACUGGUUAAAGGCGUCAUCAUAGACAAGGACUUCUCGCAUCCUCAGAUGCCCUCGGAAGUCCGAGAUGCAAAGCUCGCCAUCCUCACAUGUGCCUUCGAGCCACCGAAACCCAAGACGAAACACAAGCUCGACAUCACCUCGGUGGAAGAGUUCAAACGCCUACAGCAGUACGAACGCACCAAAUUCGACGAGAUGAUCCAACAGAUCAAGGAUACCGGGGCGAAUGUCGUUAUCUGCCAGUGGGGAUUCGACGAUGAAGCCAACCAUCUCCUCCUCACGAACAAGCUUCCGGCUGUGCGAUGGGUUGGUGGCCCGGAAAUCGAACUCAUCGCCAUCGCUACGAAUGGCCGAAUCGUGCCAAGAUUCGAGGAUCUCAGUGCCGCAAAGCUAGGAACCGCGGGCGUGGUCCGAGAAAUGUCGUUUGGAACCACAAGAGAUAAGAUGCUUGUGAUUGAAGAAUGCGCCAACACCCGAGCGGUCACCGUGUUUGUUCGAGGGAGCAACAAGAUGAUCAUCGACGAAGCCAAGCGAUCCUUACAUGAUGCUCUUUGCGUCGUGAGGAACUUGGUGAAGGACAGCCGCAUCGUCUAUGGCGGUGGUGCUGCAGAAAUUGCUUGCUCUUUGGCGAUUGAAGAAGCCGCGCUGAAGACUCCUGGAAUUUCUCAAUACGCCAUGCGCGCCUUCGCCGACGCCCUCGACGCGGUGCCGAUGGCGCUUGCUGAGAAUUCCGGCCUCAGCCCCAUCGAGACUCUGGCGUCGAUCAAGUCGCGCCAGGUGAAGGAGAAAAAUACCAGACUCGGAGUAGACUGCAUGCAGACAGGCAGCAACGAUAUGCGCGAGCAUUUCGUUAUCGAUCCCCUCAUCUCGAAGCGCCAGCAAUUGCUUUUGGCCACGCAGCUUUGUCGAAUGGUCCUGAAGGUGAACAACGUGAUCAUUGCAGGAAAUGACGAGGACGAGUACUGAACGGUUCGGGUCAUAGACUGGUGUUCUUUGGGAUCAUCGUCCUGGCGAUAAAAUCCAUAUUGGCGUGCAACGCGCCGUCAGGGA